GUUGUGAUACACUGAACACACGCUCAGCAGACCUCCGACGCCUUAAACCUACGCGCCACCUACUCGCCUGAACGAUGCCCGACUGCUACCUCAAGCUCGCGGCCGCGGCGGCCGCUGCCGGCUACCUCUCCCUUGUGUUCGCCCUACGCUGGCGCAAGUACGACGAGGUGCACCGCAAGUAUCAACACCGGCUCCCCGACAAGAGGGACGCGCAGGGGCUUACCCCCGCAGAGGCGCAGGAUGUCGUGCAUCUGGCGCUGGGCUGGGAUAUGCCGUUUUUGAUGACGAUGGCGCUGGAGUUUGCGCUCUUUCAGACGUAUGCGGUGCCCUCAAUAUCGAAGCUGCUGCUGGCGACUAGGGAGCUGGCAUCUAGGGAGACGGUGUCGAAGCGGGUUGCGGAUACCGAAUUGCUUCUGACGACAUGGGCUACAUGCCCAAUCAACGGGUACUUUCCCGGUGCCACAAAUGACCCUGGCCAACCGAUUGACCCUCGCGCUGCUUUGAGCCUCGCCCGCGUCAACUGGCUGCACUCGAAGUACAACAUCCGGAAUGGUGAUCUGCUAUACACCCUCUGCUUGUUCUUGUUCGAGCCUAUGUCGUGGGCAGAGAAGUACGGCUGGCGCUCGUUCUCCGAUCUUGAGAAGCACGCUUGGUUCGUAUACUGGGUCGAGAUCGGCAAGCGCAUGAACAUCAAGGAUAUCCCGCCGACAUUUGAGGCGCUUAGCGAGUGGAGAGAGCAGUACGAGAAGGAGCACAUGAAGCCCGCGCCGUCAAACGCCAAAGUCGCCAAGUUCACCGCCGAUGAGCUGUUGUUUCCCUUCCCCAAGGCUUUCGGCAUCAAGGAGUUUGGCAGGCGGGUAACGGUGUGCCUGAUGAGCGAGCGAGUGCGCGUGGCCAUGAUGGAAGAAGCCCAACCAUGGUUUAUGCACGCUGCGACGCUUGGUGCCCUUCGUGCGUUGGCCUUUUGGAACAAGUACCUCAUGCUUCCACGACGGAAGAUGACGAGCCUGGUUGAGAUCGACAUGCCGCGCGUUGACCCUGCUACGGGCAAGGUUCGGCGCAUGCAUCCGUUAGUCUUCCAAUCGCGCCCGUGGUACAUGCCUCAGCCGGAAGGUUUCCUGUCUGGGAUCGUGACAAGGCUCUCGGUGUUCUUUGGCAUACGCGAGUUUCCGCCGGGACCGCAGUUCGAGAGCGAGGGGUAUAAUAUCCAGGAGAUGGGCCCUGCGAAGUUCAAAGACGAGGGCCACGACGAGAUCGAGGAGGCGGCGAGCGCGUUACUGGGAUGCCCGAUACCAAAAGCGUACCGGAUGAGGGAUACGAAGGAGUAAAGAGGUCCAGUACGGCUUUGUAGAUGCUCAGCAUAUCCGGUGCUUUCUAUGUGGCUGUGUACUCGACGUUGAACCACGCUGUCGUCAACAGUCCGUC